GUAUAACAGAUUCAGAACACUCUGAUAUCAUCGAUGGAUCUGGGAGAGGUUCUUAUUCAACCGGACGGCGGCGGCGGCGGCGAUGAUAAUCACUCCGGCGAACGGUUGAAGCUGAAGAACAGGGUAUGGAUCGAGACCAAAUUGUUGUGGCAUAUAGUUGGUCCAUCCAUUUUCAGCAGGAUUGCUACCUAUUCAAUGAACAUUGUUACCCAAUCAUUUGUCGGUCACAUCGGAGACCUCGAACUCGCCUCAUUUGCAAUCGCUAACAAUGUCUUCAUCGGAUUCAAUUUCGGUCUAUUGUUGGGAAUGGCAAGUGCACUUGAGACACUUUGUGGGCAAGCUUAUGGGGGAAAGAAAUACAACAUGUUAGGAGUGUAUCUUCAAAGAUCAUGGAUUGUUCUUUUCUCAUGUUGUUUUCUUCUACUUCCACUCUACAUUUACGCCACGCCGAUUCUAAAACUUCUAGGCGAGCCCGACGACGUGGCUGAGUUAUCCGGUUCGAUUGCUCUGUGGUUAAUCCCUCUGCAUUUCAGCUUCGCGUUUGUUUUUCCUGUCCAGCGUUUCCUCCAGAGUCAGCUGCAUACCGCGGUGCUGGCUUGGAAUUCUUCAAUCGUUUUCAUUCUUCAUAUUUUCUUUAGUUGGUUGUUCAUUUACCCUCUUGAUCUCGGCAUUGUUGGGGCGGCCCUUGCCUUGAAUUUGUCGUGGUGGCUCACUUUUGCCGGUAUGUUCGGUUAUACCUUGUCCGGUGUUUGUGGCGAGACUUGGACAGGUUUCUCAAUUCAAGCGUUUUCUGGCCUCUGGGAAUUUUUCAAGCUCUCUGUUGCCUCCGGCGUAAUGCUCUGUUUGGAGAAUUGGUAUUAUAGGAUAUUAUUGGUGAUGACAGGAAAACUAAAGAAUUCUACAAUUGAAGUUGAUGCACUUUCUGUCUGCACGUCUAUAAGUGGAUGGGAAAUGAUGAUUCCGUUGGCUUUCUUUGCAGCAACCGGGGUUCGAGUAGCAAACGAGUUAGGAGCAGGCAAUGGGAAAGCAGCUAGAUUUGCAGCAAUAAACGCUGUGAUACAAUCGACAAUUCUUGGAAUAAUUAUUUGUGUGCUCAUCCUCGUCUUCUACGACCCUCUCGUCUAUAUUUUCACGUCGAGUUCAGAUGUCAUUAGCGCGGCCAACAAACUCGCAGUCCUCUUAGGAGUGACCAUUCUUCUCAACAGUAUCCAACCAGUUUUAUCGGGUAUCGCGGUUGGGUCUGGCUGGCAAGGAAAAGUGGCUUACGUAAACUUGGCUACCUACUAUAUUAUUGGGCUUCCUAUUGGGCUUAUUCUUGGGUUUGUCUUUAACUUGGGUGUUGAGGCUAUCUGGGGCGGGAUGAUAUUCGGGGGAACUUUCAUACAAACCGUCGUACUGAUUAUCAUAACUGCACUCUCCAAUUGGGACAAAGAGGCAGACAAAGCUAUUAUGCAUAUUCAGAAUUGGUCAAGUUCCGGUCCAACUCCAAGGCCGGAUGACGAAGAAUCAGAAACCUAAAUUUUUUUUUUCUAUAAUCAUUAUAUGUAUAUCUUUUUUGUCAAGACUUAUGCAUAAUAUCUCUUAAACUAUUCAGAUUUGUAUGACCCCGAAUU